AUGGAACGCUCAGAUGCUUUCCCAUUAGCCUCGGCGAAAGUGUGGGGUGCCUGCACAUGUGACUUAUCACCAACUACUUUCUUCCCAAUGGCCGAUCCAGCUCCAGAAAAACCCGUGCCGUCUGUGGCUCCAGAAGACAAUGACAGCGACUUGGACGACUUGUUGGACGAGUUCGACGAGCAAAUCUUGAGCCAGCCGCCAGGUGUGGAGAAAAAGCAAGAGUCGCAGUCUGCCACCACCAAAGCUGAACCGGCCGAGGAAGAGUUGACACACGAUAUCGAAAAGUUGAUCAAAGACCUCAAGAUCGAGGAUCCUGAGGCAAAGGCGCAGUUUGAGCAGCUAGUAAAGCAGUUUGAGCAGACAGAGGGGCCCAAAACGGCCGCCUCCAACGAGAAAGUGCAGAAUAACACGACACCAGCGCCGUUUGACAAUGUCAUGCGUGACACCAUGCAGCGAUUGCGGCAAUCGGGCCAAAACAUUGACGAGCAGUUGAAGAACGACCCGGUUUCGGCAAACCCGGAAGAUAUGCUUGCGCAACUUCUUUCGGGAAUGGGAAGCGGCGAAUCGGGCGACGUGGACAUGUCGAAGCUUCUCACCGACAUGUUGGAGCAGUUGCUGUCGAAAGAGGUGCUUUACGACCCGAUCAAGGACCUCAACACGAAGUUCCCCGAGUAUUUAAAAGAGAAAAAGGGCGUCUUGCCCGACGACGAACACCAUACUUAUACCAAGCAGUAUGAGCUCACGACAGAGAUUGUCGCUGUCUUUGAGGCGCCAGAGUACAACGGUGACGACGAGGCGACGCGUGAUAAGGUAAACGCUUUACUUGAGUCUUUGCAAGAGUUGGGUAGUCCGCCAACAGAGUUGGUGGGAGAGGACAAGGAUUUCCCUGGAUUUGGGGGAGAAGAAGGCUUGGACUUCAACUCGAAGGACUUGCCGCCUGAUUUUGAGAAGGAAUUGGAGCAAGGAUGCAAGCAAACGUAG